CUUCUUUUGUGCUUCGUGCCGACUUUUUCUCAAUUUCAUAAAGACGAAGAGUAAGGACUCUGAUAUCACGAAUUCUUUGCCAAAUGGCAGCUUCGAGUGAUAUCAGACUCGAAAUCUGCCUACAGGUCAGGAGUUCAUCCUUAGAUGACAGUGAACUGAGAAAGCAGAACAUUUCCAUAUUGAUAGGCCAGCUUUAUGAGAAUCUGUGUUGGAGUCAUAGAACUUCUGCUUUGCCAAUGAAAACGUCCCACGUUUUCAAUUAAUGGCAUGUCAUCGAGACCACGACCUAACCUCCAAGGUACCAGGGCUGUCUUGUGGCUACCAGCAGUUGCAUUUCGCUAAUGUAUAAGUCAAAAUGGACCUUCCACAUAUCGAUAAUUGCGAAGAGUUCCCAUACGGGGUGCGUACAUAUAUCUCGGCGGGUAGAUUUGCCACCGUUUGGCAGUGUACACGCCAGAAAGAGGUUGUAGCAUGCAAGCUCUUCGCGAAUUCAUAUGAUGCCCUCCCGGACUGCGCAAAAUACUUCGGCGAACUUCGGCGGAAUGAAGUUAACAUCAUGGGCAAGCUACGUGGUCAACGGCAUAUUGUUCACAUCAUAGAGACUAUUUGUAUCCGGCGGGACUUCUUUAUUAUCAUGACUCCACUUGCUGAAUUUGACUUACAAAAACUCCUCUCUCUUAUUCGUGAUGGGACAAAAGAACGAGAUGAUUAUAGGGAGUCCCUGUUGAAGGCUUUCGGUUGCCUUUCUAGUGCUCUUGAUUAUAUUCAUGAACAGAAAAUCCGUCAUAAAGAUAUUAAGCCUCAAAAUAUUCUUUACUCCAAAAGCUCCUGCUAUUUCGCUGAUUUCGGGAUAUCACAGGAGUUUGAAGACCAUUCAAACUUGCUUAUAACACGUUCCGAAAGACCCCAAUACACGGAUAGGUAUUGUCCACCUGAAACAUUGAAACCUACUGUAUAUUCAAGUAUUCCCACGUUUAGUCUACUUCCAAGGUAUCCGUGGCUUGCAAUGGAGGAAAGCUUUGCCCGAGAUGCAAGAUCUGACGUCUUUUCGCUCGGUUGCACCUUUUACGAAAUCUUGGCAAUUCUGGAACCGGAAAUUUUUCCGACACAAAAUGAAUCCUAUCGUGAAUGUAUUACAAAGAUCAAAGAUUCUCUAAAAGCGGCUGUAUCCAGAGAGCCUAGCCUAACGUCGCUACUUGAAUUCUGCAGCAAAAUGUUAUCGCAAGACAGGAUCAAGCGUCCACAUCCUUUGUUGACUGAAUUAAAAUCAAUGCACUCAUCUGACCUCUUUGAAAAGUAUUUUUGUCAUGACUGUCGAUUAGAUAUAUCAAAGCUGUGAUAACCGAUAUCGUGAAGGGGCCAGUGGCCGUGAUUCCUCCCGUUGACGACAGGAUAGCCUUGGUCUAGAGGAGAAUAUGUUUUGCAGGACGUGCUGAUGACCUAAUAAUGGCAUUGCCUCGUCGCCCUUGGACAUCCGUGUCAAUUCUUGAUAUUGUGAAAACGUGGCGAGGCUGAGUAGAAACAUACGACCAGUUGUCAAUAAGAGUGCGUCGCGGUGGGUUAUGAAUUUAACUCAUGAAAGGAGCUAACAACCAUACGGACUAUAAUAUUCCUGCUCGGAUAUUUUACUUUCUAAAAUCAACACCGCAGCUUCCAUGUUAACUUGUGUAUUAUCUCAGAUUAUAGUCCUUGAUUAUGAUUCAUAAAUAGCUAUCUUGAAACGCAGAUUUAUGAAGAUGAGCUUCUGUGACUUUUCGCGCCUUUAAAGACUAACUGGUCCGCCUUUUCAGCAAGCCAUGGGUGAACGCUUUUUUGUGUCGUAUACACAUAGCAUAGUCCAAAUUUGUCGUGAAGAGGUUAUUCAUAGAGCGAACCACUCACUUUAGGAUAAUAUAUUUUGUACGGUAUAACUUUAUCAUUGGUAAUAGUUAGGGCAUGAAUGUUCU